AUGUAGCUCACAUUAGUCAUCACAACACAUAUUUAAGCAUUUGCGCUUUGCAACUUUGUAAAAUGUUGUGGCCAACUGAUCAACUGACACUAGAGCUGCGAGCUGUGUGAGUGUUGUGAGGUAACCAGCAAUGGCAGAGGUGCAAAAAAGGCAGCAGAUGUGGUGAAAAGUAUCUAUUAGAGGUUGACAGGCAUAAAAUCAUGGUGCUGCACUUGUCCUGUUGCUGUCAUUUUAUAGUUAUUGUUAGCACAGCAGAGUUGCAGCAGUCUUGCUCUUUACAUUGUGUAAUUAUACUGAUGGACAUCUUUGCAGGAAAGCUCACUGUGUUAGAGAAAAAGAGGGCCAGGAUGGCAGCCGCUGCUGGAUCUGAUGAUUCAGCCUUGGGAAGCGACGCGGUGGAACCUAGGUGCAACUGCGCCGUCAAACUGACUUCCCUGGAGGGCAGGGUAAGCCAACUCAAAAAACAAAAGGCAGACCUGGAAUUGGGGCUUGCUAAGUCGCGUGACUGCCUUGAUGCCUCCAAGAUGGUCAAAAGACUGAAGCACAUGCUUGAGAAGGCUUCUGUUACAGAAAGUGUUUCAGUUUCCUCACGCAAAGUUGACAUCGGCGACGGGGUGCUCGUAGAGGAGGGGACCCUUGCUCGGCUGAAAAAAGAUAGUAGCAACUCAGCCUGCCGCUUUGCAAUGGGUCUCCUCCGGGCAGUCUUCACUCCUGAGGAGCUGAUUAACAAAUCUCUAUUUGGGAAGAAAUCAAAUGCCCACAAGGAAAAUGUUGUCAAAGAGGCAUUGGACCCUCGGAGGGUGAAUGCAGUGCUCGGGUUCACACUGCAAAAUUAUAAAGAAACAUCGGCACUUAAUGUGAAAAACACGCCGUCGUCGAUGCUGGCUCGUGAUUACGCUCCAGAUGCAGUGCAGCAACCAAAUUAG